AUGCCACAGACUACUAGCAACAAAAGACGCAAGGAUGAUCCGACCAAGAGGGACCAUUUUGGGAGAGAUAUCAGUUACCUACGCAGCUCUCUGCCGGAUCUAGAAAAGCUGGACUCGAUAGAUCUUUACUCGCAUGACUUGGAGAGUGGGUACUCCCCGUUACAUGUUACCUUGCGGAGAGGUUAUUUGAGGAAAAGCUUUCUGCUGUAUAAGCGGUGGAAGGACGAGACGGAGUUCAUAUCCCACAAGUUUGGCGGUCACAUCUUCAAUCAGUUAGAUCGUGAAGGAUUGAAUCCCUUAGAGCUUUAUGCGACACAUUUUUACAAGCGUGGUAGGAGUUUCCCGCUUUACAUUCGCUACCAAAGGGAUCUGCGAGCUGAAAUUGAGUGGUGCCAAAACCCGGGAGUAGUCUCGCAAGAUGUCAGAUUCUCGUUUAUGGAGCUGCCGAAGGAUGAAGAAGAACAGGCGUUUAUUAGAAACCGAGGGGGAUCUUAUUUGUUGACGCUCGGUUCGAACGUUAAUUACCAAUUGGGUACGGGGACAAAGGACGACCGACAAAAUAUGUACCAACUGGCGAUAGAUCAGCUGAACAAAACUAGUCGACUGCAGUUGACAAGCUCGAGGUUUAGCAGGAUUCUCAUCUCGAGGUACCACUCUAUUGUGGUCACGACCGAGAACAAGGUUUAUACGUGUGGGAAUAGCUCUAGAGGUCGCCUAGGGAACGGAGCAGCAGACAUCCCGCAGGCGAGCUUCACCGAAAUUUUGGAUCUCGGUGAGCUAGAGAUCAUUAUGGUAGAUACAAGCAAUCAUCAUUCUUUAUUACUGACGGCCGAUUGCCAUGUGUACAGUUGGGGUUGGAACGGCUACGGCCAACUCGGAUACUCGACGGCCAGCAAAGCUGUUGAUUUAGAAAAGAACUUUGGCCCAAUACCGAGAAGAAUACCGUUCUUGGAGGGUGAAGAAGUAGUUAGCAUUGCUUGUUCAAAAAUACACUCGUGUGCUGCCACCAGAGACGGAAAGCUAUUCAUGUGGGGAUUGAACAUUGGGCAACUCGGAGGAUCGAAGCCAGUACAUAAGGUGGCAGACACCACGCAUGAAGGCCAAGAUGCCUACAUAACAACUGUGCCGAUCAUAGUAAACUGCUCGAAGUUGCCGAUCGAUCAAGUUGUCUGCACAGAAUUUGCCACUUUUGUGCGAUUCCAAACAAACACUCUCAUGGUAUACACUAACUACACGACAAGAUUGUUCAAGAUUCCCUCGCCGCGAGCCAAAACGCUUAAAAACGUUGACGCUUUUGACCACUUCACUCCAAGAGAGAUUCCCAGCACAGUUGUUGAGAUGAAAUGCAGCAACAUUUACGGAAACAACAUAUGUUUCAAAUACAGUUGUGGUAGGAUUGGAAUCGUGACUGUAAAGGACGAGUCAGUAAAACUUUGGACCAAAUUUUCAAACACUUUGCCUGUGACACUCUAUUGGGCACCUAACUUCGAGAAUAGGAAAUGCAUGGAUUUCAGCGUUAGCUCCAAGGGCCAUUUGAUAGUUUGCACGGUGAAUGGGGAGGUCUUCACUAACAAGGGCUUCGGUUCCACACCAGAAAAAAUGUAUAGUGGCAAGUUAAUUAGCGGUCGCGCCAUAUCUGUCGCUUGUGAUCCUUCCUUUGCAUCUUUUGGGAUCAUCAAAGAUGAAACCAUGAAUGUUCCAAUGCUAUGUCCCAAGAACAGACUUCUUUACGACUUUGCCAAGUGUUCACCGAAGAACAGGGUUUCGGGAGACCGCAGUGAUUUCGACGAUUUCGACCUGCCAGUCAAUGGUUGCAUGACUAACCACCAAUUUUGCAUUGAAACGGGCGAAAAUGAUGGAUCUAAGAAGUUGAUCAAAGAAGGUUAUUCUUUGGCCUCCUUUUACCAGAAAGGCACAGCUUCACUAGAUCAGGCAGACGAAAACGGAAGCAAAUUCGACGUCAAGUUUCUAGAUAGUGCCACAAGAAAACUGAUUUGUAAGUGCCACAUAUCUAUUAUUGGCAUGAGAUGUCCGAAAUUACUGAGGAGGCUCCCGAUCGGCCCUGGCGAUUUCGAAUACGACAGCCUAAAAUUCUCAUGGGACUACGAUCGUAACCUAUAUGAUGGCUCCUGGUUGCUUUUGGUUGACAGAUCUGAUUCUGGUUCUGAUAACAUAGACUAUGCUGAGAUUUUGAAAGAGGUUGUACACUUUUUUUAUACCGACGUUAGGCCAACAAAUCAGCGGGCGUUGAAGUUUCUAUUAAACUUUUUAGAAAGCUAUCAUCUGGCAAAUCUCGCUUAUGCUCUUGAGGGCGCCCUAGAACAUAAUCCAGAAUAUGUGGCCAAGACUCCGGUUUCUCCUAAAAACAAAUCUGGCAGGCCCUUCAUCGAAGAUUCUUGGUCUCACAUUUGGGAAAGUAAACGUGAAGACUCGACUAAGCCAGAUACCGAAUUAAUACUUAGAGAUGGGAUCACUUAUUGUCAUUCUGUGGUUUUGAUUCUGAGAAGUUCCACGUUAAAGACGUUCUUGGAGAGAAAUUGGCAUUCAAGCGAUGAGUUUGUACCGGUUCCAGUGAAUCUGAAGAAUUUUGAACACGCAACGGUAGAAAAUGUUAACUGCAUCCUCAGAUACCUUUACGGGCUCCCUUACGACAGAAUCUACGAACCAAUACGUAAGGAACACUAUUCAGAGAAGGUGCAGUUCUUCUUGGAUAUGCUUUGCCUUUGUGACGCACUGAAUUUAGAGCAGCUGAAGAACUAUACGGAGAGCUUGGCGGCCUCCUUCAUCAACGGUGGGACGGUCGUUCCGAUGUUAAUAAACGCAGUUCUUUCUAACAGUCGGUUGUUAGCUCAGAAUUGCUGUUGGUUCAUCUGUUUACAUAUUGGAAUAUUAUUUUCCAAGGACAAUCUGGAUCUUGUGGAAGAGCAUUUCGAUUCAGAAAUUUGGGAACUUUUGGAGAACACUUUAAUGAAAAUACGGUCAGAACAAGCGGCCCAUGGCCAGUUAGCUUGGUAUGAACAAGAUAUUGACUGGAUAGGACUCUUCAGCACUAAUCUGAACGCCUUCAAUGAGCGGUUCGUGGAUCCUCAAAGGACGUUCCAACCAGUGAUUGAUCUCACAUCCGAGGUCAAGCCAUCAAAUAGGAGGAAAUCUUCCACUCAAGGAUUUGAGAAAAGCCGCAAGUCCUCAUUCAUUCAAAAGUCAAAGAUAGCUGCUCUCGAAGAGCCAAAGGCUGCUUGGACAACGUCUCACCGAAUGAGCGAUAGCAGCACAGCGGUUGAUGAUAAUGACGAGUUUAUAGAGGUUGUCAAGAAGAGCAAGCGCCGUACUUCGUCACAGACACAACCUCCGACUGACCUCGCGACCCAAGAUUCAUCGCCUCCAGGCAAAGUCGUCAUUCAUUCCGCCAAUGAGAGUGACAGUGAGAAGCUGCCGUCCCUUAUGGCGAGCAGGAAAUCCCCCGCAGUCCCUGUGGAAGGCGACUCCUCAGUUGCCAAGAUCAGAAAAUCUUUCAAGAAAGGCAGCCAGAAGCAGAGACUCCAGCAGCUGUCUACUGCCGCACAGAAACCGCGAGAUGGCGAGAGAAAACUCACUUGGGGCAACGGCUCCGCGGCCAAGGCUAGUGCUGCAACUACUGGGCACGCUCCGGCUCGAAGAAAAAAGUCGCUGCCCUCGCUAUAUGACAGCGACCUUGCUACCACACUAGGCAAGACGAAAAAAGAGAAAGCCAAAGAGACCUGGAGCUUGGGACCCAGCGCCUCCAGCGAAGUACGCAGCCAUGGAACCUGGGCCAACGUCCAGCCAUACGUCCCCAGCCCUAGCAAACAGGAAGCUGCGGCAACCACGAGAAAGCCUACGCUUGAAGAGAGACUAGCAGCCCAGCAGUUCGAAAAAUGGUUCGAACUUGAAAGCUCCAAGAUUCAGAAGCAAUUAAGAACCGACAAUCAGCGCUCAAAAGACAGUCUUAAGGCAUUAUACAAGGCUGAUGACAGUCUGCCGGACUUUAUCACCAAUCAAACACCCACCAAGAAAACCAACAGAAAACUGAAGCUCAAAUUUCAAAGCAAGCACAAAUCCACCGAGACAGACCAGAUUACACUAUAUCCUGAGUAG